AUGCUUUUAAUUUUACUACAACUAUAAAACAUACUGUGCGGUACCUUAUGGCCUACAUCUGAUUCAAUAACCUUAUCAAUAUCAAAUCGAUACGAAUUUGCAGAUUACACAUUCAAGAUGAUCCCAGAAUCAGCCAUUCCUAUUGGAGGCGAGUUAUAAAUUAUCUUUCCGACUUAAUAUCUAUCUGGUUUAGGUAUAGAUCUUGUUUUAGACGAUACUUGUUCUCAUGUUUGUUCAAUAAGUGGAUUUCUGGUACGCUUUUAUAUGGAAAACGAUGUACAAAUCAAUGAGACAAUUACUGUAAGAAUCAACAAUGUAAAGAACCCUGAAAAGAAAGGGGGAACAGGAAAUUUCAUUGUGAGGUCUAAACUUGGAUAGAAUGUUUUUGAUGAAAAUUUGAUAUUUGGAACUAUUGGAAUAGCAGAUUAUGCACUUGAUUUGAAUGCCAUGAUUAUUAAAAUUGAUGAUAAUAGCACUAAUAUAGUAAAUGAUUAGGCAUUAUACAAUUUUUAUAUAAAAUCACCUGUAGACUUGCCCUAGGGUUUUUAUUUAUAAAUCACAAGUCCUUUGAGUAGUGAUCUAAGUACAUGCAAAUUGAUUCCAUUUAAUUCAAUUAUUUUGAGCGGAGAAAUAAAAUGUUAAGAUGGAAUCAUAGUAACUGGUUUUGCUUUUGUGCCUGCUUUAUUUACAUUUGGUAUUCAAAUCAACUUUAAAAAUCCACCCUUUUCUUAAACUACUGACAAUUUUAGGAUAGUGGCAUAUAGGAAAAAUACAAAAAUGGCUUAUGCUUGGAGAUCAGCUGUUGAAGGACUUUACAUUUAGCCUGGCCAAUUCAUUAAUAUUACUAUAACUCCAGGUUCAAAAAAGAAUACGAUUAUUUCUGAUUAUAAACUAAAUUUUAAAAUUAGAAACACUAUACCAAUGGCUGGUAGUAUUAUUGUUAAAUUACCAUUGAAUUUUCAAUUGGCUAAUGGAUAUGAUUACAUAUUUGUUACAGCUGGAAUUGUGAGUGAUGGAUUAAUCAUUACAUCUACUUUGUAUUAAUUUACAAUUAAAGAAUUUUAAGAAGUAUAUAUCAUUUUAUAUCAAUAAAAGAUACCAUAAUAUAGCGAUAUUGAAAUACUAUUUAGAGUAGUCAAUCCCUAAAUUGCUGGAGAGAGUUAAUCAUUCAUUGUUUAAACUACAUACGAUGGAUCGAAUAUUAUUGAAUAAUGUGAUACCAAUUUAACUGUCACUAUUAUAGAAUCCACUUCAUAUAAUCCAGUUAUAGCAACCAUUUCAAAUCCUUAUGCUAAUUCUCCAACUAAUUUAUAAUUUACCAUUAAUAGUAUUAAGAAUUCAGCUAAUAAAAUUAUUAUUGAUUUUGGAUCGUAAUGGUAAUUUUAAACAACUUCCCCUACAACAAAUUAAUGUUCUUUGGGAGGAAUUUCAUCUUCGCUUUGUUCAAUUGUUAAUUCCACUUUAAGUAUGACCUUCCCAACCACAGUUUCGGGAACUAAAAUAGUUGAUAUGAAUGGAAUUCUUAAAACACCUCAAAAUUCAUUAAAUUAAUUUUUGAUAUAUGAUACUUAUGAUGCAUCAAAUGUGGGUGUAGAAUCUGGAAGUGUUUAAGUAAUCAUAAAUCCUAAAUUGGAUAGUGGAGCCUAAUUUAGUUGGCAUGGUCAAGGAGUAAAUAUAUAUUUUAAUAUUUAAGUUAUCAACAACAACUGUGAAUUUAUAUGCUACAUUAUAAGUUAAGUUUACACCAAGUGUUAAGAUUCCACCUUAUAUAAUAAUAGAAGAUGAAGGUGUAGAUGAAGGAACUACACCAGACGAAGGAACUACACCAGACGAAGGAACUACACCAGACGAAGGUACUACACCAGAUGAAGGUACUACACCAGAUGAAGGAACCACUCCAGAUGAAGGUACUACAGAUGAAGGUGGUGAGACACCUACUACUCCAACAUAUCCAAUAUUAGAAGCACCUGCUCCACAUGGAGAAAUAUGGAUAGAGUUCGGUCCUUUAUUGACUUGGGAUGAUGAUUUAGGAAUAUCUACUUUAUUUUGUCUGACUGAUUUGGUGCCUUUAGAAAAAUAUUAGAUUGAUUGUGAGAUUUACAAAGGUAGUGCAACAACGUUACCUGAAAUUAGAUUGAAGAAUUUUAAGGAAAUAAGUGAAAAUACAGUAAUUAAUGUCAAAAUAACUGGGAUUUGCAAUCCUGAAUUAAGUCCAAUAGUAUUAAGUAUUUACAGUGGCAUUCGUUAAUUCAGCAAUAGAAUUAUUCAUGAUUAUGCAACUACAUCAAUUCCUCUAACAAGUAUAGUUCCAGUUACUGAGUUAACAUUGAGUUCAAGCUUCUCAACAUCAGCAUAAGCAGUUAAUUAACUGUUUAAUUUAGUUUUUUAACCAGGAUUUCCAGCAGCAGUUUCAAUAGGUUCAGUAAUUAGAAUUUAAUUACCAGGAUAUGAAAACGGAUUCCUAUAAGAUACUACAAAAUGCACAAUUGAUACAACUGAUAUGCCAUGUAAUAAGUUUAGAAAGAUUGAUUGGGUUGAAAUUCCGUUGACUUCAGCUGCAUCUACAAGUAGUAUAAUAACAUUGUCUAAUUUGAGAUGGCCAACAACUUCAAAAGCAUUUGGAUAUGUUCAUUGGGUUGUAUUUACAUCGAAUAUGGAAGUAUCGAAGGCUUUAGUAUAAGGAAGUGGAGCCACAUAUUUUCCAGCUCCAAAUGCGAAUGAUUUUAAUUCUGCCACAAUUGUUGCGUAUUAAACAGGUAGAGGAUAUCCUGGAUAGAUAUUUAAGUUCGAAUUUAGUGUUAAUAAUGAUAUACCUUCAGGAGCAACUAUGAGAAUAUAAUUUCCAGCUGAAUUUGCUUUAAGGGCAAGCAAUCCAAGUCCUACUUGCAAUGGAUAUGAUCCAGAUGAAAUUGAAUUAUCAGCAAUCAGUAGCAAAACUGUAUUUCAAGUUAUUUGUUUGGGAAUUAAGACUCCAACAAGUCCACCAGAUAAUGAAAGUGACGGAUGGUCAGCUUAUAUUUAUAUUGAUGAAAGAUUGCUUAAUCAAAGAUAGAACUUUUGUAUUUUUUCAAUAUAAUAAAUUAGUUUCAUAUUUUUAUACGAAUGUAUUCUCAUAAGGAACUGUUAAUAUCUUAUAAUUAUUUGCAAUUCCAUUAAAUAUAAAUGAAGUUGCCACUUACACCGUUGAAUUUUAACCUGAAAAUAGUUUAUUGAUUGGGGCUGAAAUACAUGUAACAUUUCCUAGUUCAAAUUUCGAUGAUCUACCAUAUCCUCCAAAUCUAGCAGAUUGUGAUGUCGAAGGAGGGGUGGAUUCAUUUGAAAGUUGUCUAUUAGAUGGAUCAUCUUUUAUAAUAGUCUUGAACAAAAUGUAUGAAAGUGGAACAAUCAAAUUUAUGAUCAAUAAUGUUCGAAAUCCUCCAGACCUUGUGAGUGAUGGAUUUAUUAUAAAAACCUAUUAUGAUGGAGUUUUGAUUGAUAGCACUGAUGAAAGUACAUUACUUAAUCGUACAAUCACUUAUUAUAGCAAACCUAAAUCAUUAGUGAUAAAUUAAAUGGCCUUUCAACCAUAAAAUUAAGGAGUUAGGGCCAAUUACAAUUUUAACAUCUCUACUGAAUCAAGUGAUUCAGUAAAUGGUUCUAUUGUUAUCACUUUCCCUAACACUUACGAUAAGAGAUUGGGAGAUAAUCUCAAAGCAUUUGUUAACUCAAUCAAAACAGAUCUAAAUGUUAAUAAUAGAAUUCUUUCAUUACCUGAAUCUCAAUACUAAACAUCUUACAAUUCUAUUUUAGUUGAGAUCUAAAAUAUAAUUAAUCCAAACACAGAAGAGAAUUCUAAUACUGGUGAAUUUAGAGUUGGUAUCAGAUAAAGUGGUAGAUACACCCACUAUAAUGGAAGUGUAGGUGUGUUGGAAAUGUUAACUCCACCUGGUUGGCUAUAUCUUGUUAAUAUUAAUUUGGCCAAUCAAUAUUCAAGAUGGUAAUCUAAAUACACUUUCGAUAUGAUAUUAUACAAUAAAAUACCCAUCAAUGGAUAUCUAUAAAUGGAUUUCCCAGAAGAAUACGAAAUAUCUGAUCAAAAUGCUAUUUGUAGUUUUUCUAAAUGCACAUUUGGCAGUAAUGUAUUAAAAGCUUUUGCUGAUUAAAUAAAUGGCCCACUUUCAUUAAAUGUUUUUGUUGAAAAUCCAUUAUCAGAAGUAGCUAUUAAAUAAUUUGUCAUGCAAUCAAAAGAUGAUAGAUAAGUUGUAGAACAAUCAUACCCUAAUCUUGAUCCGUUUGAAUUCUAAUUUAAAUACUCAGGACCAUUGAUAUUUAUAAAUAAUGAUCAAGAUAUUAUUGUACCUCAAGGAUCCGAAACUCCAGAUUUGCUAUUUUUAGUUGAAUAUCCUAUGGCAUUAAAUCUCACUUUUAAACAUACUUAAACUGGAGACUUUUCAGUCACACCUAAAGAUAUUAUAUUUUCAUAUACAAAAAUGUCUACUACCUUCAGAGUUUAAAUUCCUUCUAAACUUCAAACUGGCACAUACUAUAUCUAUUGGAAGACUUAUGGAGAAAAGGAUAACCCUAUUUAUACACCUAUUAAAAAGUCUAAAGUAAUUGUUAUUUCCAAAAUACUCAAUUUUUAAGUCACUGCUUUGUAUCCUAUUCCUAAUGGAGGUAAUUCUCUUACAAUGACGAUCUCCACUGAAAAUGCUCCAUAUGAUACUACAAAUAUCACUAUCACAAAUAACGAUAAUACUUUCUACUUAGAAGCUGGCGAAUAAUCUGGCACUUCCAUCAAAUUAGUCUUUCAAUUAGGAAUUAAUUCACAAACUUUCAGAGUUUAUUAAAAUUAUACUGAAUUGAUCAGAUAAACUCAAUUAGAUAUUUUAACUGAAGAUGAUCGUCUCAUCUUUUAUGCUAAUGAUAAUCCAUUAUAUACUAUACCAUCUUAAUAAAUUGUAAGAUAUAUAGAUGCAACCAAUCUCUAACCAAAAUUGUCUAAAUUUUCUGUUGAGAACAUUAAAGAGUAUUCAGCGACUAUUUAAAUUGAAAUUAAUCAGAUAUCAGAAGUCUACUAUAUGUACUGUUUAAAUAGAACUACAAAACCUUUAAUUUCAGAAUUACUAAGUUUAGGACCUCCGCUUUACAUGUCCUCCUUAUCCUAAUACGGAUAUUUAAAUAUUUUGGCUAAAUCCAGUAUUACACUUAAUUUAUAUGCUUAAACUGAUUACGCAUUUUACAUUGUAUUAAAAAAUUAAGAAGGAAUUACAUCAGAUUUAUUUAUGCUUAAUUUCACAACUAAAAAUAGAAGUAAAAUUACCUAAUUUAAUUUAUUUGUUCCUUUCUCAGCUAAUUAAGCCUAAAUUGUUACAAUUAUGAACUACAUUGCUUUUAUUCUAAGCUUACCAACCUGGAAAAUUCAAUAAAAAAUAGUUUAUUAAACACCCACUAGACUCUUGGCUUCUACCACAUUAUAAAUGUAUAUCAUACCAUUUAAUGAUACUGAUACUUAUCCAUAACCUAAAGAUUUAAUUAGUAGAAUAACCUCUGAUCCCUAAUUUAAAAGAUUAAUGAAUAUUUACUUACCAUUUGUUUCAAUCUCUGCAAUCAAUGUAGCUGUUGCUGAAAUACCUACGAUUUCAUCUUCUACUUUAAGUAAUUCAUAUCUUUAUGAUUGUGAAAUUUAAGCAUAAUUAAGCACAUAUGGUUAUAUUUUUGCUGUUGCUUCAUAAAGUGAAGUUUCUACUCCAUUUCAAAUUUUUAAAGGAUUAAACAAUAUUAAUGUACGAAUUCCAUCUGCUAAUGCUCAUGUCACUAAUUUAACAAUUCCUACAAAGUUUAAUUUAUCCAAUCUAGAACCAAAUCAAACAUAUUCAAUUUAUAUUAUAGCUGCAUCAGAUCUUCCAGAAUAUCCAGAUCUCUCAGAUGCACUUUCAACCCACUAAUGCACAACACAGAAGUUAACUGAUAGAGCACCCUUUGAGAUUAUUUACAGUAAACUCUUAAAAAUGGCUCUGAUUAUAUUUUUCAUAUUUUUUUGA